AUGCCAAAAGUAAUCUGUGCUCGAGAAUUGAUUUUGGUUGAGGAUCGAUUCCUAUCCCUAUACCCAAUUCUUUCACAACUUGCACGUAAAUAUUUGACAAUUCCUGCCACAUCAGUUCCAUCUGAAUGUCCAUUUUCGGAUGUAGAAAACAUAAUUACACCUGAAAGAAAUCGACUAAAUAGCCAUUUG